UUGAUAGCGUUGAUACUCGAUCAGUUGUAUCAGUUGACUGGUGUUUUAUGUCUUGUGUGGUAUAUGGCGUGAGUUGUGCCAGUUGCGCCGUAUCGAAAAACGUAUUAUUGAGUGAGGAUAUUUCUUGAAUCAGCGUAACAAUAUUACCUGAUCGUACUUGAACGAUUGAAAAAAGAAAACUACGGAAAAUGGCAGAUAAUUUCGGACGUGAAACUCCCCCUGGAUUUUCUCCAAAUGAAGAAGUAAAGAGUGCUGGUCAACCACUGGCAGAUUUUCUUCUCCAACUAGAAGAUUACAACCCAACUGUGCCCGAUGCUAUCAGUGAACAUUACUUACACACAGCAGGAUUCAAUACAACGGAUCCAAGAGUUGUUCGCUUGGUUUCCUUGGCUGCACAAAAGUUUAUUUCGGAGAUAGCAAACGAUGCUUUACAGCACUGUAAAACACGAGGGACAAAUCAAAAUACAAAAGGAAAGGGAAAGGAUCGUCGUUACACUCUUACUAUGGAAGAUCUUACACCCGCUGUUGCAGAAUAUGGCAUUGUUGUUAAAAAACCUCAUUAUUUCGUCUAAAGAAAUUUUUUCAUUAGAAAAUGAGCUUUUUUUCCACAGUAACCAAAAAUCACCUCGAAAACAAUCAAACAUUUUCCAAAACAUGACUAAAAGUUGAUGUUUUUUUUUUCCAAUAGACGAGAAAAAACUACAAAUGACGUACAUUAAAGUAACUAUUUUUUUUGCUAUUGGAGUGGCACAGUGGAGAUGAUCGAAAAAAGUAACUAAGCUAUGAGAAAUCUCACGUUUAUUCUUCCCAAAAUUAUACUUGUAACAUUUAUGUAGAAAAUAUACAAAGAAUCGAAUAAUUCAUGAUAACAAUACUUGGAACAAUUGUCCUGAACAAUGAAAUGUUGAGAAUAUUAUACAGACGUAAAAUAAAAAGUUAGGUUAAACACAA